ACUCAGUUCCCAAGCUCCCAUGAGAACCGAGCUUCUCUGAAUUCUGUUCUCUGUCAGCACGUAAUUCCGGAUCUCAGUUCGUCUACAAAAAUGGCGACUCGUCUGUUGAGGGUUGGUUCCAGUUUGCGAACUUUUUCAGAUAAAACAUCACUCAUUAAGGACCGCAAACAAUGGCGAUCUACAGCUGCAUCACUCAAGCAGAUUCUUAUAAAUCAACCACCAACCAAGACAACAAUCCUCGACAGCGGAAUGAGAGUUGCCAGUGAAGAUAGUGGAGCACCGACAGCCACAGUAGGCUUAUGGAUUGAUGCUGGCAGUCGUUGUGAAACAGAUGAAACUAAUGGAGUUGCUCAUUUCAUGGAGCACAUGGCUUUUAAAGGAACAGCUAAACGAUCGCAGACGGAUUUGGAGCUUGAAAUUGAAAACAUGGGUGCGCAUUUAAACGCUUAUACCAGUCGAGAACAGACAGUUUUUUACGCCAAAUGUCUGUCUCAAGACGUUCCAAAAGCUAUCGAAAUUCUCAGUGAUAUCAUCCAAAAUUCUAAACUUGGAGAAAAUGAAAUUGAGCGAGAACGGGGAGUAAUUCUGAGAGAAAUGCAAGAGGUCGAAACGAAUUUGCAAGAAGUUGUAUUCGAUCAUUUACAUUCAACUGCUUUUCAAGGAACACCUUUAGGUCGCACAAUUUUAGGACCAACAGAAAAUAUCAAGUCUAUUACACGAAAAGAUCUUGCUUAUUAUGUUAAAACACAUUAUGGACCUCCCAGGUUUGUUCUUGCUGGAGCUGGUGGUGUAGAUCAUAAUCAGCUAGUCGAACUUGCUGACAAACAUUUCGGUAAAAUGACAGGACCUCAUUAUGAUGAAAUUCCACCAGUAUUAGUACCUUGUCGAUACACUGGAUCAGAAAUUAGAGUCAGAGAUGAUUCAAUUCCUCUAGCUCACGUAGCUAUUGCUGUUGAAGGAGCUGGAUGGGCUAGUGCCGAUAAUAUUCCACUCAUGGUUGCUAAUACUUUAAUUGGCGCUUGGGAUCGUAGCCAAGGAGGUGGAACCAAUAAUGCUUCCAACCUUGCUCGAGCUUCAGCUGAAGAUGGACUUUGUCAUAACUAUCAGAGCUUCAACACUUGUUACCAAGAGACUGGACUAUGGGGAAUCUAUUUUGUUAGUGACCCUCUAGUAAUUGAUGAUAUGGUUUGGAAUAUUCAACAAGAAUGGAUGAAACUUUGCACAAGUGUGACAGAAAAAGAUGUUACCAGGGCUAAAAAUAUUUUAAAAACUAAUAUGCUUUUGCAACUUGAUGGAACCACCGCCAUUUGUGAAGAUAUUGGACGACAAAUGUUGUGUUAUAACAGGAGGAUUCCUCUUCACGAAUUGGAGGCGAGAAUAGAUAGCGUCACCGCAAAAACUGUACAAGACGUUGGAAUGAAAUACAUUUACGAUCAUUGUCCAGUAGUUGCUGGAGUUGGACCUGUAGAAAAUCUUCCAGAUUACAAUACAAUUCGUGCUGGAAUGUACUGGAUACGCGUUUAAAUAGUUUAAACCAUUUUUAAACUUAAAAUAAAUAAAUUAAUUAAAAUCUAA